AUGAAGGGGCUGCUGUUGCUGCCGCUGCUGCUGGCGGCCUGCAAGCUGUGGCCGCCGGUGCAGCGCCAGGUCUGCUUAUGGGAGGAGUUCGAAGAUGGAGAUGGAUGGAAAAACCGAUGGGUGGAAUCUAAACAUAGUCCGGAUUAUGGUAAAUUUCAGCUCACAGCAGGAAAAUUUUAUGCAGACAAAGAAAAAGCUAAAGGUCUCCAGACCAGCGAAGAUGCCAAGUUGUACGCCCUCUCAACCAGAUUUAAGCCAUUCAGCAAUGAAAAUGAAAGCGUGGUGGUUCAGUUUUCAGUAAAACAUGAGCAAGGCAUCAAUUGUGGUGGUGGAUAUGUGAAACUCUUCCCUGACACUCUGAACCAAGAGGAUAUGCAUUCAGAGUCUGAGUAUUAUAUCAUGUUUGGCCCUGACAUCUGUGGCUUUGGCAACAAUAAGGUACAGGUCAUCCUUCAUUACCAAGGGAAAUACCAUGGGAACAAUAAGACCAUCGAAUGUCGGAUCAAUAAAGACACUCACCUAUACACUCUAGUCAUUCGUCCCAACGCUACUUAUGAGGUCAAAAUUGUUAACCAGCAAAUGGCAGCCGUGGAUCUGGAGGACGACUGGGACUUCUUGCCGCCCAAGAAGAUAAAAGACCCCUAUGCCCAGAAACCAAGGAAAUGGGAUGAGCAUCUGCAAAUAGAGGAUCCUGAAGAUGAGAAACCUGAGGAUUGGGAUGACUUUGAGUACAUCCCAGACCCAGAGGCCAAGAAGCCGGAUGACUGGAAUGAGGCAAUGGAUGGGAAGUGGGAAGAGCCCCUGAUUCCAAAUCCCAAGUAUAAGGGGAGGAGUCUCUCUUUCCAAUAGGGACAAUGGAAGCCUCGGAUCAUUGACAAUCCUAAUUACCAAGGGGAGUGGAUUCAUCCAGAAAUAGACAACCCUAAAUAUAAGCCUGACCCCACCAUUUGUCACGAUUAUAACAUCAGUGUUCUUGGCCUGGACCUUUGGCAGGUAAAAUCAGGCAGCAUCUUUGACAAUUUCCUUAUUACAAAUGAUAAAGAGUUUGCUGAAGAAGUUGGAAACAAGACCUGGGGAAUAAGAAAAGACUUAGAGAAGCAAUGGAGAGAACUGUAUGAAGAAAUGGAGAAAAGAAAACAGGAAGACGAGGCUGAGAAAAAAAAGGAAAUGGAGGAGGAAGGGGAAGAUGAGAUCUGGGGAAUCGAAGAACAGGGAGUGAAGAGGAUACUGCUGAAGAGCUGGGAAAUGACAGGCCGAUGA